AGUCACUUAAUGUCUCUGAGCUUGAGGUGUCUGGUGUAAAAUACUGAGUGCUACAAAUUCCGUGGGGUUUUGUGAAAGGGAUGGUGACACCACCACACCCACGUGUUGAGUAGGGACAUUUAGUUUAAUCCUGAGGCUCCUCUGCCCAGGACAUCACCCCCCGCUUGCUCGGUGCUGAAGAGGAACCUGAGGCUGGUGAAGCAGCUUGCCAGCGUUAAUGCUGUGGGCACAGUGUGUGCUCCAACCCGGGGCUGCCAAGUCCAGAAGGCGGAGUCCUGUGGUGCCACUGGAGAGGAGAACCAGCCGCCAGCUCUGGCUUGUGGCCCCUGGCUCAGCCGUGGCUGGGUUCCCUGCCUCCUUUCUCCCAGGCUUUAUCGGUUUGGCCGGGCUACUCCCGGGCAUCUAGCUGGGCACCGUUCCAGAGAUAACUCACGGGUGAAUCCCGGCUUUGUUGUGUGUGGACUUGCUCGCUCACGCGCUCAGUGGAACGGAGUUCUUGCACGGUGUAGGGCUGGCUCUGAUCCCCGCUGCUCACUGGCUCCUCCUCCUCCAGGGACAAGGAUGGCGAGAGGACCCGUGCCCGUGAGCCUGGCUCCGUGCUGCUGAAGCUGGGGCUGGGGCUGGCAGCCAUGGGGCUGGCCUGGCCCCAGGCCUGGUUGCUGGGCCUGCCGACAGCCGUGGUCUAUGGCUCCCUGGCCCUCUUUAUCUCCGCCCUGCACAACGUGUUCCUGCUCUACUAUGUGGACACCUUUGUGUCUGUGUACAAGAUCAACAAAGCAGCCUUCUGGGCUGGAGAGGCCGUGUUUCUUGUCUGGAACAGCCUCAAUGACCCCCUCUUCGGCUGGCUCAGUGACCGACAGUUCCUCAGCUCCCAGCCCUGGUUGGGUGCUGGGCUCUCCUCAAGGGCCGUGGUGCUGACCCGGGUGCGGGCACUGGGCUGGCAUGGGCCGCUGUUGGCGCUGUCGUUUCUGGCGUUCUGGGUGCCCUGGGCCCCAGCUGGCCUGCAGUUCUUGUUGUGCCUGUGCCUCUACGACGGCUUCCUGACCCUCGUGGACCUGCAUCAUCAUGCCUUGCUGGCUGACCUGGCCCUCUCGGCCCACGACCGCACCCACCUCAACUUCUACUGCUCCCUCUUCAGCGCCGUGGGCUCCCUCUCUGUCUUCGCCUCCUAUGCCUUCUGGAACAAGGAGGACUUCUCCUCCUUCCGUGCGUUCUGUGUGGCCCUGGCCGCUGGCUCUGGGCUGGGCUUUGUGGGGGCCACACGGCUCCUGAGGAGGCGCAUGGAGAUGGCUGGCAGCAGGGAGCCAGGGUGUCCGGCGCUGGCUGUGGACAGCGGCCCGUGUGGAGAGGAGCAGGAAGUGGGCGGAGUCACCCUGGGCCAGUACCUCCGGCAGUUGGCACGCCACCGGAACUUCCUGUGGUUCGUGGGCAUGGACCUGGUGCAGGUCUUCCACUGCCAUUUCAACAGCAACUUCUUCCCUCUCUUCCUGGAGCACCUGCUGUCAGACCACAUCUCCCUGUCCACAGGCUCCUUCCUGCUGGGCAUCUCCUAUGUGGCGCCCCAUCUCAACAACCUCUACUUUCUGCCCUUGUGCCGGCGCUGGGGGGUCUACACGGUGGUGCGCGGCCUCUUCCUGCUCAAGCUGGGCCUCAGCCUCCUAAUGCUGUUGGCUGGUCCUGACCGCCCGGGCCUGCUCUGCUUCUUCAUUGCCAGUAACCGUGUCUUCACCGAGGGCACCUGUAAGCUGCUGACCCUCGUGGUCACGGACCUAGUGGACGAGGACCUGGUGCUGAACCAUCGCAAGCAGGCGGCCUCCGCACUUCUCUUUGGCAUGGUUGCCUUGGUGACCAAACCAGGCCAGACCUUUGCCCCGCUGCUGGGCACCUGGCUGCUCUGCUUCUACACAGGUCACGAUCUCUUCCAGCAGUCUCCGCUGGCCCCCGUGGGGAGUGCCCAGCCUUGGCCAGAGCCCCCAGCCCCACCCCCAGCGCAGGCCCCGACGCUGCGCCAGGGCUGCUUCUACCUGCUGGUGUUGGUGCCCAUCACCUGUGCGCUGCUGCAGCUGUUCACCUGGUCCCAGUUCACACUGCACGGGCGACACCUGCACACGGUCAAAGCCCAGCGCCAGCACCUGUCACAGGCCCAGGGCCUGGAUGUUAAGACAGUGUGAGAAGUGAGCAGGGCUGCGUGGGGAGGUGCAGUCUGGAGGCAGAUGGCAGAGUUCAUGCUCCUUGGCUCAGGGCUCAGCCGAGAGCAUCUUGAAGGGCUGAGUUCUGUGUGACUUGACUGGCCCAGCUGGAGGAGGGCUGGGCAUAUGUCUCAGGGACCUGUUUCCCCCCUCGGGGGACAGGAGGAAAGAAUGGGACCAAGAGGGGCUGGGGGCUGCCCUGUGGUGCUCAUGGGAUCACUAUGGGGCAUGGAUGCCUGCCCUGCUGCCCUAUAGGCUCAGGAACCACUUCUGGUCCCGAGGUCCCUCCCCCCACCCCUCCCUGUGGUUCUCUGUCAGGCCUGCAGUAGCUACCACAGGGCUACCCUGGCCUCUGAAGAGGUUCAUUUCAUACCGACAGAAUAAAGCCCUCGUUUCUA